AUUGCCCAAGACUCCCUGGAGUGACUAGAAUUGUUUCUGCCUGAGGAGACGCUCUGCAGCCUGGACUCUGUGAGACUGAGGCAGUGGUCAGCUGGAGUGAGUGUGGGAGUCCGGGGUACCCACCUUACCUGGCUUGUUUAUGAGCAUUGAAGGGGAGAAGUUGAGGCCUGAAGAGCUAGAUGGCAGUCAACGGGAGCCCAACCUUGCCGGAUGGAGACUUCCCUGAACAGGAGAAUGUGCUACAACGGGUCCUACAGCUGCCGGUGGUGAGUGGUACCUGUGAGUGCUUCCAAAAGACCUACACCAGCACCAAGGAAGCCCACCCGCUGGUGGCCUCUGUGUGCAAUGCCUAUGAGAAGGGCGUGCAGAGUGCCAGCAGCUUGGCUGCCUGGAGCAUGGAGCCAGUGGUCCGCAGGCUGUCCACCCAGUUCACAGCUGCCAACGAGCUGGCCUGCCGAGGCCUGGACCACCUAGAGGAAAAGAUCCCAGCCCUCCAGUACCCUCCUGAAAAGAUCGCCUCUGAGCUGAAGGACACCAUCUCCACCCGCCUCCGCAGUGCCAGAAACAGCAUCAGCGUGCCCAUCUCAAGCACUUCAGACAAGGUCCUGGGGACUGCUCUGGCUGGCUGUGAGCUUGCCUGGGGUGUGGCCAAAGACACCGUGGAAUAUGCCGCCAACACCCGAGCUGGCCGACUGGCGUCUGGAGGGGCUGAUUUGGCGUUGGGCAGCAUUGAGAAGGUGGUAGAGCUCCUCCUCCCUCCAGCCAGAGAUGAGUCAGCGCCUGUUCCUGGACGCCAUCAGGCCCAGAAGCCUCCCAAGGGCAAGCCAACCCUUGUGAGCAGAGUUGGGGCCCUGGCCAACACCCUCUCUCGACAAACCAUGCAGACCACAACCUGGGUGCUGAAGGAGGGCCAUGCCUUGGCCAUGUGGAUCCCAGGUGUGGCACCCCUGAGCAGUCUGGCCCAGUGGGGCACAUCAGUGGCCGUACAGGUGGUGUCCCAGCAGUUGGGCAAGGUGCAGGUGCCCUGGCUGCACAGUUUCACUGCCACCCAGGAGAACCAUGAUGACCAGACGGACACAGAAGAAGAGGAGACGGAGGAGGAGGAAGAAUUGGAGACCAAGGAAAACAAGUUCAGUGAGGUGGCAGCCCUACCAGGCCCACAAGGCCUCCUGGGCAAUGUGGCACACACCCUGCAGAAGGCCCUCCAGAGCACCGUCUUGGCCAUGACAUGGGCACCUACAACUAUGCUGAGUACAGCAGGGAGGAUGCUGCACCUCAUGCCAGCCCGAGCUGUCUCCUCGACCAAGGGAAGAGCCAUGUCCAUAUCAGAUGCCCUGAAGGGCGUUACUGACAAUGUGGUGGACACAGUGGUGCAGUACGUGCCGCUCCCCAGGCUGUCGCUGAUGGAGCCCGAGAGUGAAUUCCGGGACAUCGACAACCCGCCGGCAGAGGCUGAGCGCCGGGGCGCGGAGCGCAGGGGGUCGGGGGCGCCGCCCGCCGGCCCGGAGGCCGCGGAAGAGCGAGCGCCCCGGCAUCGAGAGUUGGGUCCUCAUUUGGAAUCACUUCUUCAAACUUUCCGGGAGCUCCUGUCACGUGCCCGCCGCCUCCGGCCUGGGAUCCCCUACCCCGGGCGCCGGAUGGUGCCUGUGGAGGUGUCAGGGCGCCUUCGGGGCACGGAGCUUUGUCAGGGGCUGCAGACUCUGGCUCCAGGCCACCUGCAGGAUGAGCCUUGCCACUGGAGAACAGGUGUUGAUGGCAAGGGCCUCUCCCUCUCUCUUCAGGGUCUGGAGCAGCCCUCUUUCAACAUGGGGCUGGAGGCCCAGAGGCUGCCAGGUGCUGAGGAGGCCCCAGUGAGGGUGGCCCUGAGAGUCCGUCCACUGCUGCCCAAGGAGCUGCUGCAUGGGCAUCAGAGCUGCCUGCAGGUGGAGCCAGGGGAGGGCCGUGUCACUCUGGGCCACAACCGUCACUUUGGCUUCCAUGUGGUGCUGGCUGAAGACACCGGGCAGGAGGCCGUGUACCAGGCCUGUGUGCAGCCCCUCCUCGAGGCUUUCUUUGAGGGCUUCAAUGCCACUGUCUUUGCCUACGGUCAGACGGGCUCUGGGAAGACAUACACCAUGGGGGAGGCCAGUGUAGCCUCCCUCCAUGAGGAUGAGCAAGGCAUCAUCCCCAGGGCCAUGGCCGAGGCCUUCAAGCUUAUUGAUGAGAACGACCUGCUUGACUGUCUGGUGCACGUGUCCUACCUGGAAGUGUACAAGGAGGAGUUCCGAGACCUGCUGGAGGUGGGCACCGCCAGCCGUGACAUCCAGCUUCGGGAAGAUGAUCGCGGGAAUGUUGUGCUGUGUGGGGUCAAGGAGGUGGACGUGGAGGGCCUGGACGAGGUGCUGAGCCUCCUGGAGAUGGGCAACGCGGCGCGGCACACGGGGGCCACGCAUCUCAACCGCCUCUCCAGCCGCUCGCACACGGUCUUCACCGUGACCCUGGAGCAGCGGGGGCGUGCCCCCAGCCGCCUGCCGCGACCCGCCGUGGGCCAGCUGCUUGUCUCCAAGUUCCACUUCGUGGACCUGGCGGGCUCAGAGAGGGUGCUCAAGACUGGCAGCACGGGCGAGCGGCUCAAGGAGAGCAUCCAGAUCAACAGCAGCCUCCUGGCGCUGGGCAACGUCAUCAGCGCCCUGGGGGACCCCCAGCGCCGAGGCAGCCACAUCCCCUACCGCGACUCCAAGAUCACCCGGAUCCUCAAAGAUUCGCUGGGCGGGAACGCCAAGACCGUGAUGAUCGCCUGCGUCAGCCCCUCCUCCGCCGACUUCGAUGAAACCCUCAACACCCCCAACUACGCCAGCCGCGCCCAGAACAUCCGCAACCGCGCCACCGUCAGCUGGAGGCCCGAGGCCGAGCGGGCCCCCGAGGAGGCGACGGCCGGCGCCCUCCUGCGCGAGCUGCAGGCCGAACCCGGGCUGCCCGGCGCAGCCGCCCGCAAGGUGCGCGAGUGGCUGUGCGCCGUCGAGAGCGAACGCAGCGCCCUGAGCUCCGCCUCCGAGCCCGACAGCGGCAUCGAGAGCGCCUCCUCCGAGGACCACGUGGCGCAGGGGCCUGGCGGGCGGAAGGUGCCCUGUGGGGAAUGA